AUGAGCAUGAAAACUGAUAAGAAGACACGGGUUGAAGAUCAUGAUGGUCCUCAAAACAUAGAGGACCUGUGGAGGAAGGAGUAUCACCCGCAGGAGACUACAGAGAAGGAAAAUGAGGAAGUUGUGCAACAGUCCUCUGAUCGAGCCCCUCUGGAUCCCAAGAAGGGAAUCCCAGUGGACGCACAACAACAAGUUCAAUCAGGUAACCUGGGAUUUGGGUUGGGAGUGGGAGCUGUUAAGAGACUCCUCAUGGAGAAACAAGAGGAAAGAGAGAGUUGGAAACCAAAAGGAAAAAGCUGGAAGAGACAAGGACAGACAAAACAUAGGGAGGGUGAGGGAGUGUUGUUAACUCCCCAAAUGAGAACUCAUGAGUCAUGUGGACAGGGAGGAGGUUCCUACCCCGAUGGAAGAGGAAAAUAUGACAAACAAGAAGGCCAGAACCUUAAUUUUCCCUAA